CAGGUUGCUAACAAGAUAGGAAAUGGGGCGUAUGGUUGUGUGUGGCAAGCCACGAUUAUCGAGUCAAUGGAGGAUGUUGUUGUGAAAGUUGUCUGGCCAGACUUUGACUUGGACCCGGAUGAUGUAAAGGAGCAUGGAGAGGCAACGGAGGAGCGGCUGGAAGCCUUUAGGCGAGAAAUUGAAAUGAUGGAGCUUGCUGGAUCUCAUCCCAAGAUUGUUAAGUUGCUGGGAGCGACCCAUGAUUCAAGAGUGAUUGUUCUAGAAGAAGCUCUGUCGGAUUUACAUACCGUGAUUAAGAAUCAGGCCGGGAGUCUUCAUCUUUCCAUGAUUUCGAAAUGGACCAGAGAUGUUUUAGAAGCUCUUCAUUACCUGCACAGUGUGAAUAUUGUUCAUCGAGAUGUCAAGCCGGGAAAUAUCUUAAUAUUUGAUAGUAUGGUCGCAAAGUUGGGGGAUUUUGGCAUGUCCAGGGAGUUUGUUAGUCACGAAAAGAUGGCAGUCGGUAGAGAAAUAUGUACAUUGUGGUACAGAGCACCAGAAUUGCUGAUGGGGGCAGCGAAGUAUUGUCCCAAGAUUGACGUUUGGGCUGUCGGCUGUCUGGUAAUGGAGAUGUUAAUUGGAAACAGCAUCUUCAAAGGCAAU